ACCGAUUGUAAUGUGUAUAUGAUAUAUCUGUUGUGUGUUUGUUCCAUGUAAUUUGAAUUUACUGCAAAUAGUAAAUUAGUGAUACAUUUACUCUAAUUAGAACUGAACUAGAAAUGGGUGAUAUGUUAAAAGAGCUACGUGAAAAAUCGAAAAAGCGUAAACAACUUUUAGCCAAAACAUUGGGGGUUUCAGGAGUAGAGGAGCUUCGCCAAGUUCUUGGAAAUUCUUCCGAAUCAUGCAGCUUUAAAAAAAGCAAACCCAGUGACAAUGAUGAAAACGAAAACCUUAACGAUAAUAAACAAGAAAUGAGAUCAUCUUUAGAAGGAGUCGACGAGUUAGUUUAUAGAGAUUCAUCAACAUUUCUUAAGGGUACUCAAUCUUCAAAUCCCCACAACGAUUAUUGUCAGCAUUUCGUCGAUACCGGUCAGCGCCCACAAAACUUUAUUCGAGACGUCGGUUUGGCGGAUCGUUUCGAAGAAUAUCCGAAAUUACGUGAACUCAUCAAAUUAAAAGAUGAAUUAAUCUCAAAAACUGCCAGUCCUCCGAUGUAUUUAAAAUGCGAUCUUACUUCGUUUGAUUUAAAAACUACAUUAACAGCAUCGAAGUUCGACGUGAUUUUAGUCGAACCACCAUUAGAAGAGUACCAAAGAACAACUAUGGGAAGUGCGACUAAUCGACAAUUUUGGUCGUGGGAUCAAAUAAUGAAUUUAGACGUUGGUGAGGUAGCGGCGCAACGUAGCUUUAUUUUUCUAUGGUGUGGAAGUUCAGAGGGCCUCGACAUGGGCCGCGUUUGCCUAAGAAAGUGGGGAUUUCGUCGUUGCGAGGAUAUUUGUUGGAUACGAACCAACAUUAAAAAUCCGGGACAUUCGAAAAAUUUGGAAGCGAGGGCUGUUUUCCAACGUACUAAAGAACACUGCUUAAUGGGCAUCAAAGGCACUGUACGUAGAUCAACCGACGGCGAUUUCAUUCAUGCCAACGUUGAUAUUGAUUUGAUUAUUUCUGAAGAAACCGAAUAUGGUAGUUUAGAAAAACCGGUCGAGAUAUUUCAUAUAAUCGAACAUUUUUGUUUGGGAAGGAGGAGAUUACACAUUUUCGGACGUGAUUCAACCAUUCGACCUGGGUGGUUAACGUUGGGGCCUGAAUUAACUAAUUCGAACUUUAAUUCAGAUUUGUACUGUAGUUAUUUUAGCGCUACCAACCUAACGACGGGAUGUACUGAACGAAUCGAAGCUUUAAGACCGAAAAGCCCACCGCCUAAAGGCAAAGGAAAUGCGGGGGGAAGAGGACGGGGUACUUUCACAAGAGGAAGAGGACGAGCUAGAUAAAAUCUAAUUGCUUUUUUUAUUAUAACUUUUUAAGGUUUUUCAAUAAAGUAAUGAAAUAAAUGUUAUUAAGCGCC